GGGGGUCCCGGGGCUCGUUUGGGGGGUGCUGGGGACUGUUUUGGGGGUCCCUGGACUGGUUUAAAGGGUCCUGGACUGGUUUUGGGGUCCCUGGACUGGGUUUGGGGUCCCUGGACUGGUUUGAAAAUCCCUGAACUAGUUUUGGGGUCUCUGGGCUGGGUUUGGGGUCGCUGGACUAGUUCAGGGGGUCCUGGACUGGUUUGGGGUCCCUGGACUGGUUUCGGGGUCUCUGGACUGGUUUAGGAGUCCCUGGACUGGUUUGGGAAUGCCUGAACUGGUUUUGGGGUCCCUGGUCUGGCUUAGGGGUCCCCAAAGUGGUUUUGGGGUCCCUGGUCAGAUUUGGGGGAUCCCUGGAUUGAUUUUGGGGUUUCUGGACUGGUUUAGAAAUCUCCAAACUGGUUUGGGGCUCUCUGGACUGGUUUGGGAGUCCUUAAACUGGUUUUGGGGUCUUUGAGCUGAUUCUGGGGUCUCUGGGCUGGGUUUGGGGUCCCUGGACUGGGUUUGGGGUCCCCAAACUGGUUUAGAAACCUUCAGACUGGUUUAGGGGUCCCUGGGCUGGGUUUGAGAAUCCUCAGAGUGAUAUUGGGGUUUCUGGACUGGUUUAGGGGUCCUCAAACUGGUUUGGGGGUCUCUGGACUGGUUUUGGGGUCCUGGACUGGUUUUGGGGUCCCCAUAGUGGUUUUGGGGUCCCUGGACUAGUUUAGGGGAUCUCUGGAGCACUUUGGGUGUCCCUGAACUGGUUUAGGGUCCCUGGACUGGUUUCAGGGUCCCUGGACUGGUUCAGGGAGUCCUGGAUUGGUUUGGGGGAUCUUUGGACUGGUUUGGGGUCCCUGGACUGGUUUUGGGGCCCCCAAACUGGUUUAGAAACCCCCAAACUGGUUUUUGGGUCCCUGGACAGAUUUGGGGGAUCCCUGGACUGGUUUGGGAAUGCCUGAACUGGUUUUGGGGUCUCUGGGCUGGGUUUGGGGUCCCUGGACUGGUUGUGGGGUCUCCAAAGUGGUUUUGGGGUCCCUGGAUUGGGUCAGGGGGUACUGGGCUGGGUUUGGGGUCCCUGGACUGGUUGUGGGGUCUCCAAAGUGGUUUUGGGGUCCCUGGAGUGAUUAUGGGAUUUCUGGACUGGUUUGGGGAUCCCUGGACCCGUUUGGGGUCCCUGGACUGGGUUGAAAAUCCCUGAACUGGUUUUGGGGUCUCUGGGCUGGGUUUGGGCCCCCAAACUAGUUUAGAAACCCCCAAACUGGUUUUGGGGUCCCUGGAGUGAUUUAGGGGUUUCUGGACUGGUUUUGGGAUCCCCAAAGUGGUUUUGGGGUCCCUGGACUGGUUUGUGGGGUCCCCAAAGUGGUUUUGGGGUCCCUGGACUGGUGCAGGGAUUCCUGGACUGGUUUUGGGGUCUCUGGGUUGGGUUUGGGGAUCCCUGAACUGCUUUUGGUGCCCCCAAACCAGUUUUGGGGUCCCUGGACAGGUUUGGGGGAUCUCUGGACUGGUUUGGGAAUCCUUAAACUGGUUUUAGGGUCUCUGGGCUGGGUUUGGGGUCCCUGGACCGGUUUAGGGGUCCCCAAACUGGUUUGGGUGUCCCUGGACUGGUUUUGGGGUCUCUGGGCUGGGUUUGGGGUCCCUGGACUGGUUUAGGAGUCCCUGGGUUGGGUUUGGGGUCCCCAAACUGGUUUUGGUGCCCCCAUACUGGUUUUGGGGUCCCUGGACAGAUUUGGGGGAUCCCUGGGUGCGCCUCACUCCAAGCCCCCAUUUUUAGGAACUCCCCAUCCCAUCCCCCACCCCAUUUCUCCCACAGCUUCCCCACGGGCGGCGGCGCCGACGGGAAAACCCCCCCGGAAUUCCGGAACCUUCCCCGAUCCGCCGCCAUGGCUCCGUCGCGCAGCCGCUCCACCCAGAUCCCGCCGUGCGUCCCAAAGCGCCAACUCCCGCCCGGAUACUCGGAUUCCCUCCUCUUCCUCUGCGCCCGCCGCAUCGUGGCCCACCACCCGCUGCCCGUCCUGCCCGCGCUCCCCGCCCACCUCUACCCCAUCCUCUUCCAAGCGGCGUUCCUGGACGGGCGACCCCUGGUCCUGCGCGAUCUGGUGGCCGCGUGGCCUUUCCCGGUGCUCAACUUCCAGCGGCUCGUGGGGCGCCGCGAGCUGCUGCGGGACCAUCCCUGCAAGCUCUGCGUCCAGGCCGUCAUCCUGGCCGUGGUGGCGCAGCUCCGGCGGCAGCUGGAAGAGCCCGGACACGACGCCAGCGGGUGCCGCCUGCGCGUGCUGGACGUGACAGGAGUUCCAGACGAUCCAGCCGGCCGCGCUCCGGACGGGAUGAGCGUCUGGUCCGGCACAGUGGCUUUGGCCAAGGCUUGCGUGGAGGUGUCCAAGCACCAACGGGAAUUCCAGAGGCGCGGAACCAAGCGGCACAAAGGCCGCUCCGGAGCCGCCACGGCCGCGGCCGCCCCGCAGCCCCCGGGCGUGGACGUCCACGCCGACCUGUUCGUCAACGGAACGUCCUAUGGGAUCCUGCGCGACGCGCUCCAGACCGGAGCCGCCAGCCCGCUGCGCCUCAAGUGCCGCGAGUUCCAAGCGGAAAAGCUCUCCCUGGCCGGAAUCGUGAGCCUGCUGGAAACUCUGGAUCCCUCCUGCGUGCGGAGGGUGGAUCUGCGCUUCCGGAAUUUGGGAUUGACCGGGCUCUCGGUGAUCCUGCCGCACCUCUCGCGCUUCCCGGAGCUGCGCAGCCUCAAGCUCCAGUACAGCAACGUGGACGUGCGGCGCCCGACGCCGGAAUCGGCCAUCGGAAUCCGGUGCCUGGCCGGGCAGCUGGGAAUGCUGCCCAGCCUCCGCGAGCUCAACCUGGGAUCCUCCCGGCUCUCCGGGAAUCUGCGCCAGAUCCUCUGCGACCUCCAGGCUCCGUUGGAAAGCUUGGAAUUGGCCUUCUGCUCCCUCGUUCCCGCCGACCUCGCCUUCCUCUCCCAAAGCUUCCACGCUCCGGCCCUCAAAAGGUUGGACCUGAGCGGCCACGACUUCUCCCAAGGCCUCCUGGAGCCGCUGCGGCUGCUCCUGGAGGAAACCUCGGCCUCGCUGCUGCACCUGGAUCUCAUGGAAUGCCGCAUGGCCGACUCCCACCUGGACGCGCUGCUGCCCACGCUGCGCCGCUGCUCCCGCCUGCGCUUCCUGGGACUCUACGGCAAUUCCCUGUCCACGGCCGCGCUCAAGGAUCUGCUCCAGAAAACCUUGGAGCUGCCCGACCUCCACCUGGUCGUGUAUCCCUUCCCCGUGGAUUGCUACAAGCCGGAGCCGCCGCGCCGAGUGCCGGGAUCCCGGCGGAUUUACGAGGAGCCCAUGGAUGGCGAACGUUUGGCGGCGGCCACCGCGGAGAUUUCCCAGCUGCUGGCGAAUUCCGGGAGAACCGACCUCGUCUGGACUUACAAUCCCUACGGCCACGGAACCCUGGACUACUUCUCCUUGUGAUUUGGGAAAAGCUCAGAGCGUCCAUCAUGGAAAAGCGCCGCCACCUCCUUCCCAAAAUCCGGGCGUUCUCUGCCUCAUCCCGGUGCUUUUCCGCCUCAUUCCAGUGGGUUUUUUUCCUUUUAUUUCGGUGCUUUUCCACCUGUUCUCAGUAUUUUUCCAGCUCAUCCCGCUUUUUUUCCUCCCCAUCCCAAAUUUUUUCCCUGAUUUCAUAGCAUUUCUGCCACCGUUUGAGUUUGUUCCUCUCCAUCCCGAUAGUUUUCCCAUCAUCCCAAUAGUUUUCCCCCUCAUCCCGGUAUUUUUCCGCCUCAUCCCGGUAUUUUUCCUUCCAUUUCAUUAUUUUUCCGCCUCAUCCCAGUGUUUUUCCUCCCAUUUCAUUAUUUUUCCAGCCCAUCCCGGUGUUUUUCCAUCAGGAUUGGCUUUGCAUGGCCAAUUUCCGGGAGGCUCCGGGGUUGGAUUCUGUGGGAAGCUUCCGGAAGCUUCUCCCGUGUCCGACCGAUCCUGUCGGGAACGGCGGCGUCGCCUCUGGAAUAAAAAUUGGGUUGGAAGAAACCAAUCCAGGCACAGAUGGAAUUCCAGAGUGGGAAUUUUGCAAAGCAACGACUCUGGAGAUGAUUCCAUAGUGCUGGAGUGGAAAUUCCCAAAAUUCCGUGGCGCGUCCUGGAGCUGGAUCUUGGCAGGGACCUGCGGAUCCGCGGAAAAAGGAGCAGAUUCCUGGGAGGAAUCCCAUGGAUGAAAAAAAACCUUUGGAGCAGGAUAUUCCUGAAGGAUUGACCCCUUGGAAAAAUCCAUGAAGAAUUGUCUUCCGUGGGAGCGACGCGUUGGAGAAAUCCGUGGAAAACUCUCGCCGUGGGGUGGAUUGGCAUUAGAAAAUGCAUGGAAAACUUACCUUGGGAUGGAUUCACGGAGAAAUCCAUGGAAAACUCGCAGUGGGAUGGAUUCACCUUGGAGAAAUCCAUGGAAAACUCCUGGGAUGGCCUCCAGCGCUGCCGGAGGGAUUGAGGGAAAGCCGGGAACGAGGGAUUUGGGGGAGGGAAAAGUUGGAUUUGGGGUCUUGUUAUCCUGCUCUGAUUCCGCUGGAAAUAAACUCAUCCUAUCCCAUA